AUGAUUUUGGCUUGUACAAAAUGUCACAAAUUGUUCGUAUCUGAAGAAAAUCAACAGAUUUGUCAACAAUGUAUUAAAACACACGGGAUAUGUAAAGAAUGUUUCAAAACGGGAAUACCUUCUAAAGAAAAUUCGGAGGUUUGUCAACAAUGUAUUAAAACAUACAGGAUUUGUCAUGAAUGCGACAAAUGGGGAAAGCUUUCUGAAGGACAUAUAAAGGUUUGUCAACAGUAUAAUAUUAUCGGAGGACUUAAUCAUAUUCAUAGUCAAAAAUUUAUUCAUAGAGAUUUACAUUGUGGUAAUGUUCUUUAUAGCAAUCCUUCUAGCAAGCAUCCGGCAGUAAUUAGCGAUUUAGGAAUAAGUAAGUCUUCAACUGAAUCAACAGAUAGUGAUAUUAUUUAUGGAAUUAUUCCUUAUAUGGCUCCUGAGAUAUUUCUAGGACAUAAAUAUUCUACAGCUACGGAUAUCUAUAGUUUUGGUAUGAUUAUGUGGGAGGUAAUGAUGGGCAGAAAGCCUUGUUGGGAUCAAAAUCAUGAUAUAGAUCUUAUUCUUGAAAUUGUUGACGGUUUUCGUCCUCCAAUUCUCAUAAAUGCACCUGAGGAUUAUAUUAAAUUAAUGCAAGAUUGUUGGCAUUCUGACCCAAGCAAAAGACCAACAGUCGCUAUUUUGAAAAGAAA